CCUGCCGCCCACCCGCCUGUCCCCAAAACGGAGGAGCCCACCGGUCCCACCAUGUCAUCGGACCCCAGCGCCCCGCCGGCGGUGCCGCCCCUGCACUCCCCCAAGUCGCCGGUGUGGCCCACCUUCCCCUUCCAGCGGGAGGGCAGCCGCAUCUGGGAGCGGGGCAACCCCCUGCUGCAGGACCUGCCCAGCCCCCUCCCCACCAAGAGGACCAGGACCUACUCGGCGACAGCACGUGCCUCUGCCGGCCCCAUCUUCAAGGGUGUCUGCAAGCAGUUCUCUCGCUCCCAGGGACACGGGUUUAUCACCCCCGAGAACGGCACAGAGGACAUUUUCGUCCACGUGUCUGACAUUGAGGGGGAGUAUGUCCCAGUGGAGGGGGACGAGGUGACGUACAAGGUCUGCCCCAUCCCUCCCAAGAAUCAGAAGUUUCAGGCGGUGGAGGUGGUCCUCACCAACCUGGCGCCCCACACGAAGCAUGAGACAUGGUCCGGCCAGAUCAUCGGCUCCUAGGCGCCGAGGGAGGGACACCGGCCGCUCGGCCCCACACAGCAAGCCUGCUUGGCCGCUCACGGGGGGCGCGGGGG